GCGAGUCGAGGAGGGAAGGGCCGAGGCGGCCGGAAGAGCACUAGAGGCGACGGUGCUGGGUGUUCCCUCGGUGGUCUGUCCGGCUGCCCCCACGGUCCGGACGGAGAACGCGGCCCCGCGCAGUCCUCUCAGUCCCGGGCGCUGGCCGGGGCAAGCCGGCGCCUCCGCCCACAGGACGGGGCGGGGCGGGAUGUAGGGCGCGGGGCACGGAGGCCGCCGGAGCGGCUGGAGGAGCGCGGAGGGCGCCCCGAGGAUGGAGAGAGCGAUGGAGCAACUCAACCGCCUGACUCGCUCGCUGCGCCGCGCUCGCACCGUGGAGCUGCCCGACGAUAAUGAAACUGCUGUUUAUACAUUAAUGCCAAUGGUUAUGGCUGAUCAACACAGAUCUGUUUCCGAACUACUGUCAAAUUCAAAGUUUGAUGUUAAUUAUGCAUUUGGACGUGUGAAAAGAAGCUUGCUUCACAUUGCAGCAAAUUGUGGAUCUGUGGAAUGCUUGGUUCUGCUGUUAAAGAAAGGAGCAAAUCCUAACUAUCAAGAUAUUUCAGGCUGUACACCACUUCAUUUGGCAGCUAGAAAUGGGCAGAAGAAAUGCAUGAGUAAAUUAUUAGAAUACAGUGCUGAUGUCAACAUUUGUAAUAAUGAAGGCCUUACAGCAAUACACUGGCUGGCUGUGAAUGGGCGGACAGAGCUACUCCAUGACCUUGUACAGCACGUCAGUGACGUCGAUGUUGAGGAUGCAAUGGGGCAGACAGCGCUGCAUGUGGCCUGCCAGAAUGGUCACAAGACGGUAAAUUCAGCUACAGUGCAAUGCUUGCUAGACAGUGGUGCUGAUAUUAACAGGCCAAAUGUAUCAGGAGCCACUCCAUUGUACUUCGCUUGCAGUCAUGGUCAGAGAGACACAGCACAGAUUCUUCUAUUACGAGGAGCCAAAUACCUGCCAGAUAAAAAUGGAGUAACCCCUCUGGAUUUAUGUGUACAAGGUGGAUAUGGAGAGACCUGUGAAGUAUUAAUUCAGUAUCACCCUAGGCUUUUCCAGACAAUUAUUCAAAUGACACAGAAUGAAGAUCUCCGAGAAAACAUGUUACGGCAAGUUCUGGAACAUUUGUCUCAGCAAAGUGAAAGCCAGUACCUAAAGAUUUUAACAAGCCUUGCUGAGGUUGCCACAACAAAUGGUCAUAAACUGCUUAGCCUGUCUAGUAAUUAUGAUGCUCAAAUGAAGAGCCUUUUAAGGAUUGUGAGGAUAUUUUGUCAUGUCUUUCGAAUUGGUCCUUCCUCUCCCAGUAAUGGAAUCGAUAUGGGCUACAACGGGAAUAAAACACCAAGAAGCCAGGUGUUCAAGGUCAGAAAAGUAUAUGACGUUGUUAUGAAGAUAGACGUAAAAGAGAUGAAUUUGACAAAGCAUGCUUUCAUUAAUCAGAAACCUCAUACACAGGACCCUCUUGAAUUGCUUUGGCACUCAUUAGAUGAAUGGCUAGUUUUAAUAGCUACAGAACUGAUGAAAAACAAAAAGGACUCAACGGAUAUCACUUCUAUUUUACUAAAACAAAAAGGCCAAGAUCAAGAUGGUACUUCCAUUCCUCCAUUUGAACCUCCAGGACCUGGGAGCUAUGAAAAUCUAUCCACUGGUACCAGGGAAUCUAAACCAGAUGCUCUAGGAGGGAAACAGGAAGCCGGUGCAGACUGUCAGGAUGUUAUUUCUAUGACAGCUAACCGGCUAAGUGCUGUCAUUCAAGCUUUUUACAUGUGCUGUUCUUGUCAGAUGCCUCCAGGAAUGACUUCACCCCGUUUCAUUGAAUUUGUCUGCAAACACGAUGAAGUCUUAAAAUGCUUUGUUAACAGAAAUCCCAAAAUUAUAUUUGACCACUUUCACUUUCUCCUUGAAUGUCCUGAGUUGAUGUCAAGAUUUAUGCAUAUCAUAAAAGCACAGCCAUUUAAAGAUCGCUGUGAAUGGUUUUAUGAACAUUUGCAUUCAGGACAAGCAGAUUCAGACAUGGUGCAUAGACCAGUGAGUGAGAAUGACAUCCUGCUGGUUCACAGAGAUUCCAUUUUUAGGAGUAGCUGUGAAGUCGUGUCAAAAGCAAAUUGUGCAAAGCUAAAGCAAGGAAUUGCUGUACGGUUCCAUGGAGAAGAAGGCAUGGGUCAAGGCGUUGUGCGUGAAUGGUUUGAUAUUCUGUCUAAUGAGAUAGUCAAUCCUGAUUAUGCAUUGUUUACCCAGUCAGCUGAUGGAACAACUUUUCAGCCUAAUAGCAACUCCUAUGUAAAUCCUGAUCACCUGAACUAUUUCCGUUUUGCUGGACAGAUCUUGGGAUUAGCUUUGAACCAUAGGCAGCUGGUCAACAUUUACUUCACAAGAUCGUUCUAUAAGCACAUUCUUGGUAUUCCUGUAAAUUACCAAGAUGUGGCAUCUAUUGAUCCAGAAUAUGCCAAGAAUUUGCAGUGGAUUUUAGAUAAUGAUAUUAGUGAUCUGGGUCUAGAACUGACUUUUUCUGUUGAGACUGAUGUGUUUGGAGCAAUGGAAGAGGUACCUUUGAAACCUGGGGGUGGAAGUAUUCUGGUGACACAAAAUAACAAAGAGGAGUAUGUCCAGCUUGUUACAGAACUUCGAAUGACAAGAGCCAUUCAACCUCAGAUCAAUGCUUUUCUCCAAGGCUUUCACAUGUUCAUUCCACCUUCCCUCAUACAGCUGUUUGAUGAAUUUGAGUUGGAGCUACUGCUUUCUGGCAUGCCAGAAAUUGAUGUGAGUGAUUGGAUAAAAAAUACAGAAUACACAAGUGGCUAUGAAAGACAAGAUCCAGUUAUUCAGUGGUUCUGGGAAGUUGUGGAAGAUAUUACUCCAGAGGAGAGAGUUCUUCUCCUGCAGUUUGUUACUGGCAGUUCCAGGGUCCCACAUGGUGGAUUUGCUAAUAUCAUGGGUGGAAGUGGAUUGCAAAACUUUACAAUCGCUGCUGUGCCAUAUACUCCAAAUCUUCUACCGACUUCAAGCACAUGUCUUACCAGGAGCUAGAAUUCUUCCCUGCAGAGCCACUGGAUUCAGUUGGGGACAUGGUUGGAGUUUAAAACUGAAGAAGCCCCGGAGGAUUGAUGACCAAUCAUAAGGGCCGGAAACACUCUGAGGAAAGAUGCCGACAGGUUGCUGAGAAGUAGAGCUUUCUGAUGCUCGAGUAUUUUAAGAGACAGAAAUGGGAACAGGGGCCACUGUGCCAAGAAGAAGGACUUGGGGGACAAAGGUGAAUAGAGAAAGUGUAACUGUGUGUUGUGUAUUGUAAUUUAUACCUCUUGCUCCCCAACUAGCCCCCUUGGUGAAAAUCUUCAGUAGCCAUCCAGAGUUAGGCUUUUGCUUGUCUGUUUUUAAAAAAUAGAUCUGUAGUGAGGCUUGUUUUAAAGCAGGACGAGGCACUUUAUUUGGACUGCAUGUUCUCAAAAUAAAUGAUUAACAUUUCUUCCCAGAGGCUUCUAAGCCAGGUCUCUCUGACCUAUGGUGUGCUAGGCUGGGAUCAAAACGUCGACAGCUUUCUGACCUUUAGCAUUUCGGGAAAACCCUCUAACUGAUUAUCUUUUUAGAGGUGCCUUAUGGCAACUGGUGCCUUCUGAGCAGCUGCUGUUGUGGUUGAGGCCUCCAGGAAAGAAGCCUCUCUAACCUUGGCUUCAUGCUUCUGUUUCUCAUUUUCUCUGCUUUUUCUGAACUUUUAACAGCCAAACAUCUGUCAUGUUGGAAUUCCUUUCUUUGGCUGCAGUUUCCUCGGCCUAUCUUGUAACUGACAGUUUUGGAUGGAUAUUCAUCUCGGGGGCAGCUCCCAUACCGUUUUGAUGAUUGCAGUGUGGGAAUUUGAGAGUAAAGUCGGUGAACUGUGUACAUUUGCACACAAGAGCCCACAUCCUCAUGCCACUUCAUACAUCAUCAACCAAAGUCCAGUUCUGAUCAUUAACAAUCAUGAUUACAACCAGAUUCCUAGGACGUGGCCCAGAGGAAAUGCAGACUACUCUGCCAGUCCCCUAAUCAUGCUCUGUGACCCUCAGCCUGAAGCACUUGGAGGCUUCUGGGCAGUUUCAAUUAGAUAUCUAGUCUUUUCUGUGCCCUCUCUCCUAGCCCCAGAGAGAAGCAAGGGCAGUUUUCAGUGUUGAAAUAGCUACCUACGUUAUUUGGCUUAUGGGUGCUGCAUGAAACUCCCCUAAAUGGUGCUAUGAGAUUGAAGUCUUUUAGUUUAAGUUUAGCUGAAUGAUUAACAGUUGGUCAGAGAGGUCAUUUGGGGGCACAGCUUACUGAGAAUGCCACUGCAGAGCUGCAUGUGUUCAUGCUUACCAUUCUCAGCAGUGACUCCCUCAUGGGAAAGAGCGGCUCUGUCCACGUAUUUAUAACCUGAACUGAUGAAUUCGGAGAGAACAUAAUAGGAUUUACUUUCCUUUAGGCUCUGAAAACCCUGCAUUUCAGUGACCAUAUGGUCUAUCUUGUCUUGCCAGUGCUUCAUGAUACAUGGCUGAGUCCAAAGAGUCAGGGCCUCCAACUGACUGGUGUAAUUGACAUGGCUGUGGCUAAUAGAUGUGUCUUCUGGCUCUGGGGGUACAAUUAAGUGAUUAUUGAGGAGAAUCAAUGGCCCUUGGAAGUGCAAAAUAAGGAAAGGAGUUCUUAGUACAAAUGAGAAGCAAACACUGUGACUUUUGACUAAGGUGAAACAAAUGGACAGGCCUGUUAUCUGUUCUUUUUUUCUUUCUGUAGAUUUGGUGAGCAGAAAGAACCUGUUAUAGACAGAAUCAUUUACUAAACAAAAUUGAAAAUUCUUACAUAAAAAUCUAUGUUUUGCUUGGUGGCUUGGCAAGCUAGGAUUAUUUUGACAGAAAAUAAAUAGCAAGGCGAUAUGUAAGAUGUGAGAGCAAAAAAUUUAGAUCAGCCUAUGUGUUAUUCCGUGAAAAGAUCCAAUCAGUUUUACUCCCUUUGCCAGAGGAAGACGGUAUUGGCCAUAUUGGAUAAGGCUCACAUGUUGCUCUCCAAUCAAGAAGUAAAUAGUAUCAAAGCCUACAAAUUGAAUUUUUAUUAAGAACUUCAUCUCUGGUUACCCUGGGGUUUAUGAAAUCUUUUAGCGCUUGUGGAGGAAGGCAGUAUAUCUCAAUGUACAAAACCAGAUUGAUUGGAGUGAGAAAUUUUAAUUUUUAGGGUCAGGAAUACACCUCACCUUUUAAAACAGGCUUAAUGAGAAGGGAGCAGACAGAUGUUGCUUUAAAAGCCAUUCUAAUUCUUCUUGUGUCAUACUUUAUCUGUUACUACUUUGCUGCUAGUUUCAUGUACUUUACAAAUUGGGAUUAAUGGCUUUUUUUGCAUAAGAG